AUGACAUCCAGACCUAAAUUGCUCUCUAUUGAUGCCUUUUCCAAAACCAUAGAGGACGCCAAGAUCAAAACGGCGUCUGGUGGAAUCAUCACGCUUCUCUGUUGUGUGAUCGUGUUGUACUUAAUCCGCAAUGAAUACAAUGACUACAAGUCGAUCAUAAACUUGCCAACAUUGGUGGUUGAUAAGGAAAUCAACAAGCCCUUGGACAUCAACUUGGACAUCACAUUCCCAAACAUGCCCUGUGAGGUGAUUACCUUGGAUAUCUUGGAUGUCUCUGGAGAUGCCAAGGUUGAUAUCUUGAAGUCCGGGUUCCAGAAGUUUAGAAUCACCAAUCCUGCUGACCCAACCAACCUGGAGAUCUUGGACGACGAGCUGAUCUUGUCUAACGACAUCUCUCUUCUUGAGAUGGCUACCAGGGGAGAAGAUGCCAACGGAUGUGGGUCCUGUUACGGUGCCCUUCCUCAGGACGAAGGCUUUGAACCUAAGUACUGCUGUAACGACUGCCGUACCGUCAAGUUGGCGUACGCAGAAAAGCUCUGGGCCUUCUACGAUGGUACCGAUAUCGAUCAGUGUGAGCGUGAGGGCUAUGUUUCCAAGAUUACCGAAAGAAUUCAGGCCAACGAGGGCUGUAGAGUCAAGGGUACUACGCAGAUCAACAGAAUCUCCGGAAACUUGCAUUUUGCUCCUGGUGCUAGUGACACUAACCCAGGCAGGCACGUUCACGACUUGUCUCUUUAUGACAAGUAUGAUGACAAGUUCAACUUUGACCAUAUAGUCAACCAUCUUCUGUUUGGCCCAAGUGAGCACCUCAAGAAGGGAAACCUCAUCUCGGCUUCUUCUCAGGACGGGGAAUCUGAGGAUUCGACUACGCCGUUAGACGGAUACAGGGCUGAACUCCACAAGAAAAAUCACAUGUACUCAUACUAUCUUAAGGUUGUUGCUACUAGAUUUGAAUUCUUGGACAAGCCUACCGUGGAAACCAACCAGUUUUCGGUUAUUACCCAUGAUAGACCGCUUGUAGGAGGAAGAGAUGAAGACCACCAGCACACCCUUCAUGCUAGAGGAGGAAUCCCAGGGGUGUUCUUGUUUUUUGAAAUCUCGCCCAUGAAAAUAAUCAACAAGGAACAAUUCGCCAAGACCUGGUCUGGGUUCGUAUUGGGGGUCAUCAGUUCCGUCGCCGGUGUCUUGAUGGUAGGUGCCCUUUUAGAUAGGUCAGUGUGGGCCGCAGAGAAGGCCAUUAGACAGAAGAAGGACCUUUAG